UCUAAUUUUUUGGUACCGGAACCGGAACUUCCGGCGCAACACUGCUACACUGUCUUUUUUUAUUGACAACCCCCUUUUUAAAACAGAAAUCAAAUUUAUAUUCAAAGGUUUAUGAAUUCCCAAUUGACAGUCCCAAAUCAGACCCAUAAUUUUUAAAAUCUCAUUUUUAAGGAAAUGCCUACAGCAGUUUUGUGUUCUUUACUGACAGGUAUUUGUGGUGUAGUAGAAAUCCAUUACAAUAUAAAUUAUUCUCAUACCUACAAUUGGACUGAGAGAUGGGCAUUAAUAACUGUCGAUUCGGCAUUGCUCGUUCUCUUACAUGCUGGAAUGGCGUUUGCUUUAACAUGA